GUGAGCCGGUGAACAGUUGUUCAUCUUGGCUCGAAGACGUCCGUCCCAUCUCCUCCGCUAGACCACAACCAUAACCACAAGACACUCGCAAUGUCGUCAACCACCAACUCCUCCGCCUCCUCUCCUUUUGCAUCCCCCUCCGCACCGCCCACCACUUACGCAACCCUCUCCUUCCACAGACAAAACGUGAUCCGCCUCCUCAACUUUCCCCAGGACCUCGCUGCCGCCCUCGAGGCCGUGAUCCUCGCCUCCUGGCCACCCGGCCUCGAGUCACAGGGCCCCUUCGGCCAAUCGUACGAGUACAAAGUCAAGGGCAGCCCCUUCGGCCACUUCCGCAGCCAGCAGCACGUCGGCUCCGUGCGGCUGCUGCGCGAUGUGCUCGCUUUUUUGUACUCGCGACGCUGGGAGCUCGUCGCCCCGGUGCUGUGCAGUCGCCGCUACACGGCCAAGGACUCGCUCAUUUUCCGGCAGGUGGCCGCCGUCGGGGCGGCGCUGCCGCCGGUGGAGUGGCUGAGCUUGGCGCCGGCGGGCACUGAUAAGCUGCGCGUGGUGUACGAUGCGCCAGGGGUUCGGCUGUGCGGGACCGAGAGCGACCAAGACCAUUUGGGGGUGUUGAUUUUGAGCCUCAAGAAGGUGCUGCAGGAGUCGGACUACUUCGAUAAGAGGGACUGGAGCCACGACUCGUUUGUGUUUGACCUCAAGGGACGGCCGUGGCAGUCCAGGGGCGAGGCCAGCGUCAAGAUGAGAGUCAUGCUGAUGAGGCUUUUGGAGACGAUGGAGACACAUGGAUGGAGGCUGUACACGGCGUUUGUGCAUCGUACCGGCACAGACGAGCUCAGGAUGCUGGAUACAUGGUAUUUUGUACGGGAGCGCGGGGGGACAGGCAAAUCGGACUCGUGAAGCCCUUCGCGGAUCCGGUUGGGCUGACACAUUCCAUGCUGAAGAAGCAGCUGUUCAGCUGGCAUGAGGCCAGAGACGCCCGCGAGCCUGC